AUGUCUGUCCCUGGGGGCAGUCGCGACAGAUCCGCUGUUGAGGCGGCUCGCGGCUUCACUGUGCAUCUGGUCUGCCCCCACUGCGCCAAGGAGUUCACUGGAAAUUCUAGCACGAGCGGUGUACGCAGCAACUACCGACGCCACCUUCUCAUCCACACUGGCGAACGACCCUUCCCGUGUUCUUAUUGCCACCAACGCUUUACGACAAAGCCAAACCUCCGCCGGCAUGUACGGCUGGUUCACCCGUUCCUGGCGACCCCGCCUACUGAGGUACGCUACACGGCCGACAUAGGUAGUGCAGAGGGUGCGGCAGCCGCCACACCCCUACCGCUGCCGGAGAUGCACCUCCCUCACGCCACCGCAACAAAUGUAGGAGAGCCUACCUUCACCAGCAGCACAGCAGCAGUAGCCGACCCUGCCGCUUUCACAUGUGAGGACUGCGAGUUAGAGAUCAGCAACCGCUCCAAGCUACGCCGACACAAGCGAUACUACUGUCCCUUUCGCGAAAACAUUUUUGCCGACCCGGUGAAGGACGCUGUGGAUCUGUAUCGCACUCAGCAGCGGCAGCACCGACAGCGCUACAGCAGUGACGACAGAGAUGAAGGGGGCUCUGACGAGGAGGACGCAUGCAGCAAUGACGGUGAUUCCGUCUUGUCAGUGGACGGGCGACUCCGGCGACGUAAUCGUUCAAUACGUGUGUCGCUAGCACUAACGGAAGCGGAGAAAAAUUAUCUCGCUCAUGUUGCGGAGCGAAGCGGGCUGAAAUUUGUCGAGGAUGCUUACGCGAGCGACGAAAGUGCCGACGACAGCCCCGGCAGCGGCAUAUUCUCCGACACCUCUUCCUCAUCCAUAUCGAGUCGAUCCCCCUAUCGGACGACGAUAGCGUCACUGGCUCCGCGGCAUCCGCGCAGUCCCGGAAGAGUAGGCAGUACUUUGCCGUCAAUGAAACGCACCCCACUGCAUGGCCCCCUCCCGUCUCCAUCCUCUUCUCCUAACCAGCUGGUGUUGCGCAGUCCGAAGACUGCUGCUUCCGCAUCCUCGGUUGCUCUGUCAAGCAUGCCCCCUCUGAUCCACCAGACCAGUAGCAGCGAUCGCCUGUUGAGCACGGGCAGUGCCACCCGAAGAAGCGAGAAAACCACGGCGGAAGACACCAAGGACGACGAGGAGGAUGAUAUGAUCGGGGCGUGGACACCGGAGGAUCUUCUUCACCUGCACCACCACCGACGAAGAAGCGGGCACCGGCGCGAGCGCCACAUUCUGCAGAAGCGGCUGCGUGCGCAGGAAGGGGCGUUGAUGGCGUUGACCACCGAUUCGCCACACCGACAACCACACAAGCCUUGUGUCGCUCGUUCCGGCACAGUGGAGCGUGACAGCAACACCAUACUGGGAGAGGCGGAGGUGGCGCAUCUCCAUGCGACUCCGUCUGCUGACAAUGCACACUCCAGCACCGACACAGCUACGACCGCCUAUGCGUACUUGGGGCCUUCGCAGUCACUGGUCACCCCGCAGGUGUUGGCUCAGGCAGAGAGCCUGCUCGUCGCUAAUUGGCGUCGUCCGAGACACGGAAGGAGCGGUGCUGCGAGCGCGUUUGCGUGCCCGUAUUGCGCUGACUACACAACGUUUACCACCCAGCGUGGGCUGCAGACACAUGCGAUGCGGGUGCACACUGAGGAGGUGGCCAAGUCUCGCACGCGCGUCGCUGUGACCGAGGCUGCACAGGUAGAGGAGGGCUGCGCCCGUGAGUCAGAAGAGAGCGAGGCGGCGCCUUGA